AUGGAGGGCGAGGGCGAACAUAUGAAGAACAGAGAGAACAAAAUUGUGGUGGCAGUAGAUGAGAGUGAAGAGAGCAUGCAUGCUCUGUCCUGGUGUCUGGGAAACCUCUCUUCUUCUAAAAACACCAGCAACACUCUUGUUCUUCUCUAUGUGAAACCACCGCCAGUCCAUUCCACUUUCGAUGCUGCAGGAUAUAUGUUUUCCAGCGAUGUAGUUGCAACCAUGGAAAAAUACGGCACUGACAUGGUCAAUUCGGUGAUGCAAAGAGCCGAAGCUGUCUACGGAAAUUUCCACACCAAUGCACAUGUGCAUAUUGAGAGAAUGGUAGGGAGGGGAGAUCCAAAGGAUGUGAUAUGUAAUACGGUUGAGAAACUUAGAGCUGAUACCUUGGUCAUGGGAAGCCACGGUUAUGGUUUCCUUAAGAGGACUCUUGUUGGAAGUGUAAGUGAUUAUUGUGCCAAACACGUAGGGUGUCCGGUGGUGAUUGUGAAGCAUCCUGCCAGUGCCUGA